AUGAGCGACGACUGGGACACCAAGCUUGUCAUCGGCUACAAACGCCAGGUCGCAAAGGUCGCAAAGAAGGACUCGGACAUCAAUGGUACGUCCUGCACCCUCCAUUCUGCCUCCGCGAGACGGUCUGGGGCCGUCGUUGCUACAGACAAAAAGAUAACAGCAGGAGGAAACAAAGCCCAUCAAGGAACCGACCACCAACGGAUAGCGAAGCUUGACCGUGAAAACGAAGUCGCCCCGCCGGCGAAGAUCGCGCCAUCCGUUGGCCGCGCCAUGCAAACUGCUCGUCUUGAACUCAAGCUUUCUCAGAAGGACGUGGCUCAGAAGAUUAACGAGAAGCCGUCAGUCAUUCAGGACUACGAGUCCAGCAAGGCUAUCCCAAAUCCUCAGAUUCUUGGCAAGCUCGAACGUAUUCUCGGUGUCAAGCUUCGUGGGUCCGACAUUGGGAAAAGGCUUGAGACCAAGAAGACAUAA